AUGUCGCCCGCAUUGGAGGUCGCUGAGUCGCAAUGGCUCGCCCAGCUGGCCGAGAUGCGCGCCGCUAUUGCCGAGCUGAAGCUCCCUGAAAAGAACGGCGAUGUACCCGCUUACGGCGCCGAUAUUGACGUCGAUUAUGAGGACCUUUCCGGGACCGCCAGUGGCGACGACAUCUGGGAUCUCAUCAGUGACGAGGAAAGCGCCGGCUACAGCACCGACCAACUUGAUGGCGCCGAUGCUGUUGCCACUGACUCUGUCCCCGCCGGACCGCUCUAUAGCCAGAGCUGGCUCGGUCAGCAGUGUGCGCAGGUGGCUCAGCGCGGCUCUGGCUUGGAUGCCCAAACCCUCCAGGACCAGAUUAUGGCACUCUUAAGUUCUGAUAGCAAUGACGAGGAGCUCCAGAUGAUGCUUGCCGACAUCGUGGGCUACGGCGAGCUCGACUUAGUUGCUGAUCUCAUUGGCCACCGCAAGCAGAUCACCAAGUCCGCUCAGGCUGAACAGCAAAAGGGCGGCGUCCUCGGCCGUCUCCAAACCAGGCAGGAGCGCGAGGAAGCUCUGAGGAGGCAAGACUUUGAGCAUAAAAACGCUGCACUUGCACCAAGUGUUGAUCGAGGCGGAGAACAGUAUCCCCAUAUUUACAAAACCCACGAUGCCGGCAACUCUCUGUCUGCUUUCGGCAAGAAGUAUGCUCUUCCCAUUGGUUCUACAAGGGAGGACAAUGACAAGUUUGAGGAGUACUCGAUUCCGGCUUCUCGCGUUGGCAUGCUGGCUGCUAAGCAGAAGCUGAUCAAAAUCAGCGACUUGGAUGGACUCUGCAGACGAACUUUCAAGGGCUAUAAAACCCUGAACCGCAUGCAGAGUUUGGUUUACCCCAUUGCAUACAAGACCAGCGAAAACAUGCUCAUUUGUGCUCCCACUGGUGCUGGUAAAACCGAUGCUGCAAUGCUCACAAUCCUCAAUACUGUGGCCAGGAACAUCAUCCCUAGUCCUUGGGAAGAGCCUGAGGCCGACGACUUUGUGGUCCAAGCCGAUGAUUUUAAGAUCGUCUAUGUUGCUCCUAUGAAGGCUCUCGCCGCCGAAAUUGUCGAGAAGCUUGGAAAGCGACUUGCCUGGUUGGGAAUCCAGGUUCGCGAACUUACGGGAGAUAUGCAUCUCACGAAAGCGGAAAUUGUGGCUACUCAGAUCAUCGUCACGACUCCGGAGAAGUGGGAUGUCGUUACGCGCAAGAGCACCGGCGAUACCGAGCUGGUUCAGAAGGUUCGCUUGCUCAUCAUCGAUGAGGUCCACAUGCUACACGAUGAGCGUGGUGCGGUCCUGGAGUCUCUUGUGGCUCGUACCCAGCGCCAGGUUGAGAGCACGCAAUCGCUCAUCCGUAUUAUUGGCCUGUCCGCCACGCUUCCGAACUACAUCGACGUUGCCGAUUUCCUCAAGGUCAAUCGCAUGGCUGGACUUUUCUACUUUGAUGCUUCUUUCCGCCCUGUCCCGCUCGAGCAGCAUUUUGUCGGCGUGAAAGGCAAGCCGGGUACUGCCAAGUCCAGAGAGAACCUCGACAAUGUGUCGUACGAAAAGGUCAAAGCCAUGCUUCAACAAGGCCACCAAAUCAUGGUUUUCGUUCACUCUCGUAAGGAUACGUACAAGUCCGCCAAGAUCCUCUGGGAAAAGGCCAUGGAAGAUGCUGCCACCGACUUGUUCGACCCAACUGGCCAUCCAAACUACGACAUGGCCGUGCGCGAUAUGAAAUCCUCCAAAGGCCGGGAGCUGCGUGAGCUGCUACCUAAGGGUAUGGGAACCCACCAUGCCGGAAUGCCGAGGUCUGACCGUAACUUGAUUGAGCGUCUCUUUGCGGAGGGAGUCAUCAAGGUCCUCUGCUGUACUGCCACGCUUGCAUGGGGUGUCAACUUGCCCGCCGCCGCUGUCAUCAUCAAGGGAACGCAACUCUACAGCGCGCAGGAGGGUAAGUUCGUUGAUGUCGGCAUUCUUGACGUUCUACAGAUUUUCGGUCGUGCUGGUCGACCCCAGUUUGAGGAUACCGGUAUCGGCUUCAUUUGUACAACUCACGACAAGCUUCAUCACUAUCUCAGUGCCGUCACCCAGCAGCAGCCGAUCGAGUCCAACUUCUCCAAGAGACUGGUGGAUAACCUCAACGCAGAGAUUUCUUUGGGUACAGUCACUUCCGUCCGCGAAGCUGUCACCUGGCUUGGUUACUCCUACAUGUUCGUUCGCAUGCAGCGGAACCCUCACGCCUAUGGAAUCGACUGGAUUGAGAUCAGUAACGACCCACAAUUGGUUGAGCGCCGGACGAAGUUGAUCACCGAUGCUGCUCGUGUCCUUCAGCAGAGCCAGAUGAUCAUUUUCAACGAAACAACUGGAGAGCUGAAGGCAAAGGAUGUUGGCCGUAUUGCCAGCCAAUACUACAUUCUCCAGACGAGUAUUGAGAUUUUCAAUACUAUGAUGCGAGCACAAGCAUCAGAGGCGGAUGUGCUCAGAAUGAUCAGUAUGAGCGGUGAAUUUGACAACAUCCAGUCCAGGGAAUCUGAGGAGAAGGAACUCCUACGCUUGAAGGAAGACGAUAACAUCACUCCUUGCGAUAUUAAAGACGGAGUCGGAACGCCACAAUCGAAGACCAAUUUGCUGCUCCAAGGCUACAUUUCGAAGGCUCGACUGGAGGACUACACUCUUCAAUCUGACACCAACUACGUCGCUCAGAACGCCACACGUAUUUGCAGGGCUCUGUUCAUGAUUGCGUUGAACAGACGCUGGGGCCACCAGUGUUUGGUCUUGCUGUCGCUGUGCAAGUCUAUCGAAAAACAGGUUUGGCCAUUUGAGCAUCCAUUCCAUCAGUUCGACCUUCCACGUCCUGUUCUAAGGAACCUGGAUGAGAAAGGCUCCGUGUCGUCCAUCGAGGCACUUCGAGACAUGGAACCAACCGAGAUUGGGCAGCUUGUUCACAACACCAAGGUGGGCAGCACCAUCAGCAAGCUUCUCGACAACUUCCCGACCUUGAGCAUUGAUGCAGAAAUUGCUCCUUUGAACCGAGAUGUUCUGAGGAUCCGUCUGUAUCUGACUCCGGAAUUCCGCUGGAAUGACCGCCACCAUGGCGCUUCAGAGUCUUAUUGGAUUUGGGUUGAGAACUCGGAGACCUCAGAGAUCUACCAUCACGAGUACUUCAUUCUUUCCCGCAAGAAGCUCUACGAUGACCAUGAGCUCAACUUUACCAUUCCGCUUUCCGAUCCACUUCCCUCACAAAUCUACGUUCGUGCGGUGUCGGAUCGGUGGCUCGGCGCUGAGACCAUUACUCCUGUCUCGUUUCAGCAUCUCAUUCGGCCUGAUACCGAGAGCGUUUACACAGACCUUCUCAACCUUCAACCGCUACCCAUCUCCGCCCUCAAGAACCCUCUUCUCGAAGAAAUUUACGGACAACGCUUCCAAUAUUUCAACCCUAUGCAAACACAGCUAUUCCACUGCCUUUACCACACGUCGGAGAAUGUCCUACUUGGUUCACCCACUGGAAGUGGAAAGACAGUUGCAUGCGAGUUGGCCAUGUGGUGGGCUUUCCGAGAGAAUCCGGGCUCAAAGGUCGUUUACAUUGCCCCCAUGAAGGCACUGGUCCGCGAGCGAGUACAGGAUUGGGGAAAGCGCUUGACUGCUCGAAUGGGUCUCAAAUUGGUCGAAUUGACUGGUGACAACACACCAGAUACUCGCUCCAUCAGGGACGCCGACAUCAUCAUCACCACCCCGGAAAAGUGGGACGGUAUCAGCCGUAGCUGGCAGACUCGUGACUAUGUCCGUAAGGUCAGUCUGGUCAUUAUCGACGAGAUUCAUCUGCUUGGUGGUGACCGUGGACCUAUUCUGGAAAUCAUCGUCUCCCGUAUGAACUACAUUGCCUCUCAAAAGAAGGGUUCGGUUCGUCUCAUGGGCAUGUCAACCGCUUGCGCCAACGCUACGGACUUGGGCAAUUGGCUUGGUGUCAAGGCAGGUCUUUUCAACUUCCGCCACUCUGUGCGCCCAGUUCCGCUUGAAAUCUACAUUGAUGGCUUUCCAGAGCAGAGAGGUUUCUGCCCUCUUAUGCAGUCCAUGAACAGACCUACUUUCCUGGCCAUCAAGACUCACUCUCCCGAUAAACCUGUCAUUGUCUUCGUGGCUUCCCGUCGUCAAACCCGUCUGACUGCAAGGGACCUCAUCAACUUCUGCGGUAUGGAAGACAACCCCAGACGCUUUGUCCGGAUGUCUGAAGAAGAUUUGGCAUUGAAUCUUGCCCGUGUCAAGGACGAGUCCCUGCGUGAGGCGCUCAGCUUCGGUAUCGGUCUUCAUCAUGCCGGUCUCGUUGAGUCUGAUCGUCAGCUUGCCGAAGAGCUCUUCGCAAACAACAAGAUUCAGAUUUUGGUGGCUACCAGCACUCUUGCCUGGGGUGUUAACUUGCCAGCGCAUCUCGUCGUUGUCAAGGGCACUCAGUACUUCGAUGCCAAAAUUGAAGCCUAUCGAGACAUGGAUUUGACGGAUGUACUUCAGAUGCUUGGUCGUGCUGGUCGUCCACAGUUCGACACCCAAGGUAUCGCGCGUAUCUUUACUCAAGAUGCGAAGAAGGAUUUCUACAAGCAUUUCCUUCACACCGGUUUCCCUGUAGAGUCAACCCUCCACAAAGUUGUCGACAACCAUUUGGGCGCCGAAAUUUCCGCGGAGACCAUUGCCACGAAGCAAGAUGCUUUGGACUACCUCACUUGGACGUUCUUCUUCCGUCGUCUGCACAAAAACCCAUCCUACUACGGCCUUGAGAUCUCUGCCGAGGAGCAUAACACUACUGCGGCCCAGCAACUCGCGAAUGACUACAUGGUCGACCUUGUCGACAAGUCCGUCUCGGAGCUGGCAGAAUCCGGUUGUGCCACCCUUCACUCUAACGGCGACAUCGACCCGACGCCGCUCGGAAAGAUCAUGUCCUACUACUACCUCUCGCACAAGACAAUCCGGCAUUUGAUCAAGCACGCCAAACCCAACGCCAGCUUUGCUGACGUGCUCGCGUGGAUGAGCAGCGCGACCGAGUACGACGAGCUGCCGGUGCGACACAACGAGGAGCUCAUCAACGCCGAGCUCAACGCGGCAUUACCCCUCAAGAUCGACGACGCCUUCGGGCACCUGCCGCUGUGGGACCCACACACGAAGGCCUUCCUGCUCCUCCAAGCACACUUUGCGCGUCUCGACCUGCCCAUCUCGGAUUACGUCGGCGACCAGACGUCGGUGCUCGACCAGGCCAUCCGUAUCAUCCAGGCGUCCAUCGACGUGCUGGCCGAGCUGGGGCUGGCCAGCAGCGCGCUGAUGAUGAUGACGCUGCUGCAGUGCGUCAAGAGCGCGCGCUGGCCCGACGACGGGCCGCUCGCCAUCCUGCCCGGCGUCGACGUCGUCGAGGAGCGGAACCGCGUCCAAACCACCGAGAACAAACCGGGCGCGGGCAGCAGACCGAAGGAUCUCAUCGACGCCGUCUCGGCCCCCCGCAACGUCCUCGAGACGGCGCUCAAGCGGGCCGGCGUCGCGUCCGCCGCCUUGCCCCGCGCCCUCAAGCCCCUCGCCGCCCUCCCCGACCUCGCCGUCGCCGUGCCGGCCGUCAACGCCCUCGGCCUCACCGUCACCAUCUCGCGCAAGAACAACCCGGCGAACCGCGAGCACCGCAUGUACGCGCCGCGCUUCCCGAAGCCGCAGACGGAGGGUUUCUUCGUUGUUGUGUGCGAGAGGGGCAGCGACGAGGUGGUGGCGUUGAAGAGGGUGAGCUGGCCCUCCUCCGACGACGGGAAAGGAAAGGGCAAGGGGAAGAACGCCGGCGGGAGCGGUGGCAGCAGGCCGAGCACGAAGGUGCAGAUCAAGCUGCCAGAGAGCGAUAGGGAGAGGGUGGUGGAUGUGCGGGUUGUGAGCGAUGGCUACAUCGGGAUGGUGUGGAAGGCGGAGGGCGUGGAGGUGCCGCGGCCGCCGAUGGUGGAAGGUGAUGAUGGGAAGAAGAAGGGCGGGAACGCUUAA